AUGGUAAUUCUCAAAUUUAUUUACUUGAUCAUCGGUAAUGGGACCGUGAAAAAAUUAUUUCAAAUGAAACUUUUUUCUGGCACGAAUUUGAAUAUUCAAAUAAUGAAGUUUUCUUAUUCCUAUAAAUCGGAAAGCAUAUUUCAAAAAAUAAUGCUUCUUGAAGUCUUCACCAUCACUAUCCUGCUUAAAACCGGUGUAUUCACAUUUCGAUCUGCUUCAGACAUUUAUCUGACUCACCUUAUCUAUGCAGAACAAUUCAAAAACUCUAGACACUUAAACAACACCAGCUCAUAUAAUCACCAUGUAUUUCCAAUGGGUCACGACAGCACUUUCAUUGAGUCUAAUGGCAGUAUGAAUCAUAUCUUACUUUAUACAAUGAAUAAAUAA